CGCCAGAAAUCCAAACUAGCUCAACUUGUAGUAUCCUAAGCGAUAUGUUUUCGCUUGGUUUAGUAAUAUUUACUGUGUUUAACUAUGGUCGGUCGCUAAUCCAAGCAAAUCAUAGCAACUCGCAAUAUUUAAAACAAUUAGAUACAUUAGAUGAUCAACUUUCUGAAAUAAUGCCCAGGGUUCCAAUUCCACUUCAAGAAGCGGCUUCUAGACUGGUUAAUAGAGAGCCUAGACAAAGGCCCACUGCUCAGCUUCUAUCUUUAAUUACUUAUUUUAGUGAUCCGGCCGUUCAAGCGCUACAGUUUUUAGAUGUUGUUAAUAUGAAGGAUCCUGCCCAAAAGAAUCAAUUCUACAGGACCACAUUGAAAGACAUUUUGCCGUCCAUACCCCGUAAAUUAUGGCUUCAGCACGUGUGGCCGUGUCUGUAUGCAGAGAUGAAGACGCAAGAGUCUUUGGCGUCCGUCCUUCAUCCCAUUCUAGUGCUCAUCCAAGAAUGUUCCGUCGAAGAGUACGAAAAUAAUAUUCUACCCGCCUUCCG